AUGUUGUCCUCAAAGAAGAAGAAUAGAAAAAAGACGAGGAAGAAGAAACCAUCACCGUUGCUCCUCCCACCGACCACGCAAUCAACCCAGAUUCCGGAUCUUCCGGAUGAUUUGCUACUGAGUUGCUUCGCACGCGUCUCGAGAUUGCAUUACCCGACUCUCUCCCUCGUCUCCAAGAGAUUUCGAUCUCUCCUUGCUUCACCGGAGCUUUACAAGACCCGAUCACUCUUAGGUCACACAGAGAGUUGUCUCUAUGUGUACUUACGAUUCUAUUCUGACCCUAACAACCUUUGCUGGUUUACUCUCUGCCGGAGACCUAAUCGAAACCUAACCAAGACCAAGAAGAAGCAAAGUAGCCAUCUUUUGGUUCCAAUCACAUCUCCCCAUUCUACUCCUCCCUUCUCAAGUUACACAGCUGUUGGUUCAGACAUCUACGAAAUCGGCGGACACAUCAGUGGCAUGGCUUCCUCUACCGUCUCGGUCUUUGAUUGCAGGUCUCACACUUGGCACAAAUCUCCAAGCAUGCAGGUGAGAAGGAUCAACCCGGACGUCAAGGCCAUCGAUGGAAAGAUAUAUGUUAAAGGAAACAUUGACUACCCCAAUUCUGACUUGGUAGAGGUUUUCGAUCCAAAAACCCAAACUUGGACUUACGAAACUAACGAAUGGGAAUCACUGGAUGGUUAUUAUAAAUCUAAAGAAUAUAUAUCACGAUCUUGUUUGUGCGAGAUAGAUAACGUGUUGUACUAUAAUGAUAGGGGAGUGUUCAAAUGGUUAGACACUAAGGUAGGAUACUGGAGAUUGUUGAAGGGUUUGUCCCCUAAUUUUUUGUCUUAUUUGGAGACUUCUAGUCUGGUUCACUUGGCAGAUUAUGGUGGAAAGAUGGCAGUUUUAUGGGACAGGCUUGAUCAUUCUAGCAAAUGUAAGGAAAGAAAUGUUUGGUGCGCGGUGAUCGCGCUUGAAAGGCUUAGUAGUGAUGAGAUUUGGGGGACACUCGAAUGGUCUGAAGUUGUGCUUAAAGUCCCCAAGUCUAUUCAAUUUGUGGAUGUCCUUUCUGCUACUGUUUGA